UAGUUUUCAAAAGACAAAGAAGGCGAUGCAUUUUUUUAAUUUUUUUUUGACAUUUGGAUGCUAAUUGUCGGAAAGAUGAAUAUUUCGAGUUAAGCACCCCUCCUUCACCCUUUCGCGGUCAGUCACCACUACAAGAAACCAAACAAUAAGAUGGUCAGGUGGAUUAGUAGAUAGCGCCCUCACCUUUCACGAAGUAAACUGAAUUUAUAUAGAAAUAUCGGGCGAAUAGCAGACUUUCUGGAAGUCGACUAUGAGGAUACGUUUCUGAGAAAAGUGGAAACUGCAGUGUCAUUGAAAACCUAAAGCAGCUUUCCACUACCGAAGGGGAUGGUGAUGUACUUUUGACAAGCAUUAAUGCUAAUGAAAGGUUGCCAAUAUAUAGGAAAGGAAUGAUCGGCGAUUGGAAGAACCUUUUCACAGUGGCGCAGAGUGAAAGUUUUGAUGAAGUUUAUCAAGAAAAAAUGAGUGACGAGGGAUUUGAUCUCCAAUUUAUCUACGAGUAAAAAGACUUACUACUCUGAACAUUGGUAUUAGAUAAUGACACAAAGGCGGGACAAAGACAUCGUUAUCUGGCGGCGGCAGCAUCAACGUUUAUUUUUGGAGUGAAGCUUUGUAUUUUCAAAGAACAACAGACCAAAAUUGAUGUCACAGCAAUCACCCUGAGAAACACAGGCUGUUUACAUAUCAUUUAUGCGCUUCUGAUCUAGAACCUGAAAAAUCAUUUGGAAUUAACGGCGAAGAACAAGUUGUUUCAGAUGUGAAAGAUGGAAUUCGAAGAACAACUUUCGCGUGCUCAGGUCUCUUUAAAGGAGGAAUUGGCCCUGAUAUUUCCUGAUUUCAGUGAUGACAUUCUGUAUGACACAGUUCUGGACCACAGAAACAAGAAUGACUUAGAACGGUGUGUUACACAUCUAUUGGACCACUGUGACGACUCACGAAUACCGGCUGAUGUGACAAUUACGAAAGUUCUUACAUUGGACUCUUCUGAAAAUUGCACUGAAGACAUGCUGCACCAGGCUUGUUCCAUUGAUACAACGUUUGUACAAAGUACAGGCUGUGAACAGCGCCCAGCUCUCUUCUGUGAUGAGUCCGUCAGAGGCGACAACAGACAGGCUAUACGAAUUGUAUUGGUCGGUAAAACCGGAUCUGGGAAAAGCUCCACAGGUAAUACCAUUCUAGAUGAAGAGGCUUUCAAGACUUGUUUUUCAGCUUCAUCAGUGACGGAGACAUGUCAAGAAGUUAAAGCUAUCAGGUUUGGACAAGAGAUCCAUUUAAUCGAUACUCCGGGAGUGUUUGAUACAAGUAAACCAAACACGCAAGUCCUGCAGGAAGUUGCUAGAUGUAUCAGCAUGUCAUUACCGGGACCUCACGUAUUUCUUCUCGUUCUUCAGGCAGGGAGGUUUACUCCCGAGGAGAACGACACUGUCAAACAUUUUGCUGACCUGUUUGGAGAAGAUGUCUUCAAGCAUAUGAUCUUAGUGUUUACAGGAAGAGAUGCGUUAGAAAAAAGACAACAAUCGUUUGAAGAGUUCCUGCAGACAAUACCACCUACACUUGAUGAAAUUAGAGAAAAAUGCAACAGACGUUGUAUUGCUAUCGACAAUAGCCCAGACAAUAAGUCUCGCGCCAUCGAUGCCGAGAAUCUGAUGCAACAAAUCAAUGACCUUGUUGAGAAACGUAACGGCAAAUACUACACCAAUGAGAUGUAUAAGGCAGCCGAGAAAAAAUGUCUUGAAAGGGAAAAAGAUAUAAGGCGUCAGAAAGACCAGGAAAAGAAGAAAGAAAAAGAAGAAUUGAUAAAACAUCUGAAGCAGGAUUUUCAAAAGGACCUCGACCGUUUGAAAGCUGAACAGUAUUCACUGCAGCGAAAAAUACGCGACUGCACUACAGAGAAGGAAAUGUUGGAAGAAAAGUUACAUGACAGCGAUUUGAAAGAUGAAGAAUUAGCAUUGAUGAAGGAAACAUUAAGAACCGUCGAAACAGAAGCUCAGCAAUACAAAGAACAAGCUGAAGAUGGCACACAUCAGCAGCAGGUGUGCUUACAAAACCGUGACCGACGUAUUAUACAACAGUCAAAGGACUUGGAUCGUAAAUACGACAACGAUAUGAACUUAAGUAUCAGAAUGUCAAAAUCAGCCGCGGUAUUUACAAUGAUCAAAGGUGCUGCGCAACUGGGAUGGGGCAUUUGGAAUUUUGUCAGUGGCUUGAUUAGAACUGACAAUAAGUAGAUCGCCUACAAUCGUCUUUGAAACGAAUACAUAAUUUUAUCUUUAACUUGGUUUUUCCAGCGGUCAUUGGACCCCCUAAAAAAUAUUAUAAACAAUUACAAUUUGUAUAUUGCGAAGGUCGAGACAGCUUAAGCUUUGCCUGAAGAAGAUCGUGAUGUUAUACAGUAAUUAACUCGUUUUAAAUAUAGUUUCCGCUUUCGUUGUUGUUAACAAUGUAUUUGUUUUGUCUAAUGUAUCGACUGCAUGAUUUAUAAAAGGCGACUAAUGUGAAACCCCUCCUUAUUUGGGAGUUUUCCUUUUAGCCCUCUAAUUUUUUUCUUUAGCAUCACUGCGACAAGGAGAUUCAGUUUAAUACAAAUAAGUCUAUUACCGUUCCCAGGUUGAGCACUGGAACCUGAUAAUUAAAAUGGGAAUGGGUGUUUAAUAUAUGCAAAUCUAUUUCAUAAGUACUGUAUCAAAAAUGAAAGGUCAGAAAAACAAGAAAAAACAUUGCAGACACACCCAGUGUUACAAUGGGGACUCCAGAUUAAUUUAGGUUUCCUCAAUGUCUCAACAACAAACAAAAACCAGCAGGGCCUCCACAUUGGUCGUCUCCACCGAUAACACGUAGUAUGAUACAACAUGUUUUUCCUUCUAUGAACUUGUAGGUGUAGCAUAACUUGGCCUUCAUGAUUGACUGUUGUACCCAUGAAGGAUGUCGCCCACCUGUUUGAACGUUGUUUCUGUUCAUUAAGGAAAAAUCAAAAGCACAUUAUAUGUUUUUUUUUAUGUUUUUGAAUAUUUGUUAUAAUUUAUCUUUUCCUUAUACCGGAGUCAAUAUAUAUUGAUCAAAAUUCGAUAUAAAGCUCUUUAUGUACACAACAAUGAACUAGUUUAGAUAUGAAUUGGCUCUAUCUUCUCUAAGCAGUAAUACAGACAUCAAUUGAAAAGUUUGUGGAAGCCAGACUAUACCGACUGCAUUUUCGUGCCUUCAGUCACUGAUAGAACAUGUUAUUUCGAUUAGUCUUCCGUCUCUUAAUAUUUCAGAUAAGCACAAAUUGUAUAUAAAAGAGAUGAAAGAAUGAAGUAAAAUGUAUUAAAAUUAUUACAUUUUGUAAUCAAUUAGCCAUAGACAAGACGGAGUAAAUAAUAUCGUAGUAUUAACAUUUAAGCAAUAGUAAUAAUGCUUGCUUUAUAUAAUAUUUGUCCUUUAUGACGUUUAUGAUUAUGCAAAUGAUAGCUGUUGAUGUUUUUUUAAUGUACGCAUCUGAAGUCGAUUUUGUAUAUAUUUAUUUAUGUAUUUCCUUAUAUCUACAUGUAGGCUAACCUCACGCACAGGUGUAUAAUUAUUUUGUGUAUUAUUUACAUAUGUCUUUGAUCCACACUAUAUGUGUUAAUGCACAUUUACUAUCAAAAGUCAUGUUCUGUCCAAUAAUUUGAUAUGACGAUGUCGUGAAUGGUUUUCAUUGACUGAUUUAGAAACUAUAAUGUGAUGGUUUUACGAAUCGUUUACAUGGUAAAAUUUGGAAAAAGAAAAAUGAAGAAUCUAAACCACGGCAAAAGACACUAAAAGUCUACUUGCGCGAUAUGUUUUCAAGAUUUGGUUGAGAUGUUCAAAUUUUGAAUGGUUUUAAUUUGUCAUCUAGUACCGACAAAGUUGAUAAAUGCAACUCGUCUCCAUGGUUACUUGAAAACUAACAGUUAUCUAAGACGACUAGCUGGAGAUGUGUCCAAUGUUUCCUGAAUAUAUUUUGUAUAAAUUGUUUAUGUAGCUCUCCGGAAACUGUAAUUUGAGGCACAGAUACAGUUAUAGGGGAUGAUAUUCACGAGUUUUUCUCUCUUAACACUGAAUAUCAAUAUAUAACAAAUCACUAUAGAAUUCCAUGGUCAUGGCAUGCAGCAAAGUUCGCCGAGGUCAUAGUACGCCAUGUUGAUAGUAAACACGGUCAUAGAUCGCUAUGGGGAUGUCAUAUAACGCCAUGUUUGAAGGGCAGCAUGGUGCGUGCAACCAUAUGAGGUCAUGGUCGUAGAACGUCACCGUCAAAGUCACCGACACAUAAGUACUGUACGGUUAUAUUACACAAUGGUAACAGUACACAAUGUUUAUCAUUGUCGUACUACGCGAUGUCUGUAGUACACGACGAUCAUUACUUGCUCAAUAACUCAUGUAAUAUUAAUAAUAAGUGUAACAGAACAUAUAGAGUUAUUAGUACUUGAUUAUCUAUAGAAGAUCAUUUGUUAUUGUGUUCAUUGAUAUAGAUAGUGAUAGUUUUGCACGUUGAAUAUAAUUAUCAUAAUGUGUUCAGAAAUUCUAAAUGUGUUCUU